CGCGUUGUUGCUCCUCUCCUCUCUGCUGAAUUGCUGCUGCUGCUACAACAACUGCACAGCAGCAGCUGCUUCGCGCCAAAAGCAGUGGUUAGGGUUGGCUACAAUUAAGCUACAAGUUACAAACGUACUUAGUCGGUGUGUGCUGCUUUUGCAUGACUACGCUAUUUAUCACGCAGACACCACAGUGCUUGCUGAUGUUAUCUGUUAGUGCGAUGCCAGUUUUGUAGCGCCCUGCUCUGCUAGUGUGCGCAGCGUUCCCCGCUGCUUGCUAGUUGGAACACGGACAGGACGGACACUCGGUGCGGUACGGGAAAUAUAUAUAUAUUUCUUUCUCGCACUAUAUAUCUGUCCCCGUGUGGUGCGAGUACCAGCAACUUCACCAUGGAUACCCUGGAGAAGAGCCUCGUGUGCCGGCUGUGCGGCAAGCACUGCCAAAUUUCCGUGAACAUCUUCGACAAGAACGAAAACCAUGUCUGGAAGAUCAACGUUAUCCUGCCCAUUACGGUACACGAAAUGGAUUUCUUGCCAAAACAAAUGUGUCACAGAUGCAGUUACAAGCUCGAGGAAUUCUACAAUUUCUAUGCAGAGUGCGUGAAAACAGAUACUGACCUUAAAAAUCAAUUAUCUUGGAUGAGGAAAGAAACUUCGGAAGAACAAAUUAUCACCCCUAUGGUGAAAAUGAAUCCAUUCAAAAUAAAAACUGAGCCACCUGACUGUAACGACUCCAAUUCAAGUGAUGUUUUUGGUCAUAUUAGCAGUUAUGGUUCAUAUGCAAGUCCGAUAUUAACAUGUUCACGCUGUCGAUGCCUUUGUAAUACAGCUGUUAAAGUAAGUGAAUCUCCUACCGAAGUAAAAGCAUUUUCUAAAGGAAUAGGAAAGCCACUUAACUCGAACGUUAAUAAUAAUAAUUUGUGCGGUAAAAAUGGUGAAUCUAGCAAAUCUGAAGAUGUAAAUAAAAAUUGUGAAACCAGUGAAUCAACGGAUAAUGAUUGUUCUAAAGAAAAUAUUGUUAUCGAGAAAGAAAUCAAUACAAAAGAAAAAAUUCCUUUGGUAGUCAUUAACAGUAGUGAAUGCCAAUCAUCGCAAGAUCUAAGUGAUGCUACAAAUAGAGCUUUGAGGCCAAGAAAAAGUUCAGUUAAUUAUAUAGGUCAAAAGAAAAAAGUUGCCCACAAACUAAAAGAGAGGUUUAAAAAUAAAGUGGAUAUAUGUCCUACAGUAGUAGAUCCAGUUGAAGUCAAAGUGACCAUUAAUUCUUCGCGUCAUUCUCAUCCAGUUAUAAAAUUAGAAAAAGUGGAUGACACCUUGAAAAAUUUGAGAGCUCGUAAAAACUUGGAAGAAUUUAACAAAAAAAUUAAAGAAUUGGCUCAAACUAGAAGACGGCUCGAUGAAGAUCUUAGAAAUAAAUUUUUACGAAGAUUAGAAAAUAGAAGUAGAAAAAGCUUUCAAAAGGAUGAGAGUCGUAAAAAAAAAGGCUUACUUAAGGAAGAAAAAGUAAUAAGAAAAAGUCUACAAUUGGAAGAAAUUCAAACUUCAAAAUAUUUUACUGAUGAAAGUAGAAAAAAUUUAGAAGCUGAAAAAAUUCAGAGUGAAACAACGUUAUUAAUAGAGCAUCAAAACAGUGAAAAUUCACCAUCGGAUUUAAAUCACAGUAGAAAAAGUUCUAAAAGUGAAAAACUGCGAGAUAAAGCUUUGUUAGAGAAUUCAAUGGAUAAACCGUGUUCAACAAAUGAUAUUUUACAAACCAAUGUAAAUGAUAGUAGUAAACAGAAUGCUGAGAUACAAGUUAAGCAGGAAGUUGUGAAAGUAAAAUCAACAAAUCAUAAAGUUUUAGAUCAAUCAAAAGUACAAGAUAAAUCUUGUGAAAUUAUUUCAGUGAAAAAAGCAUCAAGUUCCUUAUACAGACUUCCUAAGUACCCUGUUGUAAAAUUAGAAAAAGAUUACACAUGCAAUGUCGAUUACCCCAGAGUAAAAAUAAAAAGACAAUUAUCUGUGGCUGAUCCAACAAAAUUAGUCAAUGGUAAUGUAGACUGUCCUGUAGAGAGUCAAAUUGUAUCAAAUGAUAAAACGAACAAAAAAUCUCACAAAAAGAAAAAAAAUCUUAACCCUGAGAAUUCAAAAAGGAAAAAGAAAAAAUUAAAAGGCCUAUUUAAUGCAGAAAAAGCAGGAAAAGUGUCAAAGAAAAAAAACAAGGGGUUAAGCAUUGUUCACAUAAAAAAAGGAACAACUGGAAUACCUUCAACAGAGUUUAAACAUUUUUGCGAGGAGUGCGACACAUGUUUUAAAAAUAGAGAACUAUUUAAAUUACAUCCCUGUUAUCAGAAGUAAACACACAUAUUGGUUGUAAACUUCUAUUCAAAAAGUCCAAAUUGCAUCCUUUUUUUACACUACUUUAUUUUGUGAGUAGAUCGGCGUUCCACAUAAAAAAAUUUAUUCUUAGAUUUCAUACAAAAUUUUAAUGUUUUGUAGAUGUGCACGAUACCCAACGUACAACAUCUAGAUGGAACUGAAAUUCAUCAAAAUUGGUAAUUUUAAUUUAAUUCGAUUUUUGUAAAAUGUCGAAUAAAUCACCAAGUAUUUAGUUAUUUCUACUUAAUAUUAAACAUACCCUUGUUAUAUUUUGUCAAGCAAAAGCUCUUUAAUUUGCAAUUUUAUCAGAUGAUCGCUUGCAAUGUGCAAAGGGUUAAUUAAUUUUUUCGAAAUGAACUUUGGCAGAAGUUUUCUUUACGAGUGACAUAGGAUUUUAGUUCUUGUUAUCCUAGUCAUUUAAGGAAAACAUUUGUCUAAUCGAGAAACAAAAGUGUAAAAAAAAUAGUUGUAAGAAAUUAACGACAUUAUAGCAUGCAUAAAAUAAUUUUCUAUGUACAUUAUUUUACGAUUAAUUGUAAUUAGGUACUGUAAUACGCAAACACGGAUAAAUGCACAGAAUUACUGUGAUAUUUAAAAUAAAACUAGGUUGUAAGAAUUAUCGAAAAUCUGACUGCUUGUACAUCUUUAAGGAGUGGAAAAAUAAUAAAUUAUGUAUAAGAAAAAAAAGUUUGGAUUUUUUAAAUAAAAGAUGAUUUCCAAA